GUUAGUUUUUAAGCGGUUGACUUUACUGUUUAUUAAAAUAAAGCGUUUUAUGUUUUGCGCGGAUGAAUAUACUGAAGGAAAGCUACAUGUAUAGGCCACGAGCGUCGUUUAUUAGUGCCUAUCGGUGAAAUUAUUAUUUUGCGAUAUUCUAAAAGGAGUUUAUGGUACAGUACAAGUUACAGAAGACGUAAUGGACUUAAAGCAAGUUCAAAAACUGCUCAAAGCAGAUAUAUUGCAACACCAGAUCCUCAUGGCAAAGCUAAAAGAAACGCCAAAGGAUGAAAUACUAAGAAAAGAGCUUCGAGACAUACAAAAACAUAUAUCUGAGUUGGGUGCGGUUCAAAAGCAAUUAAGCAAAGCUAAGUCAAACGAAAAGAAAAAAGUUAAAGAUGAAAAUAACACAACGAAUAUAGAAUCAAAAGAUCACACGAUUGUAAAUGGAAGUUCAUUCAUAAAAAUAGGAUCUCAAGACAAAACUACGUCCGUUGGACAACUGGUGCAAAUUUCAUCCAUUAAUUACCAACAAGACAUAGUUUCUCAACCAAACCAAACCAGCACGACUGGUGUUUCAAUACUCUGCAAUGGUGGUGCAAAGUCCCCACCCACAAAAAUAAACUUUAUGAAACCACAUGAAACAAAAGAGUUAACAAAAGUGUUGAUCAGUAACGGAGUUAUAAAACCAAACACUCAUACAGUUCUAGAAAUCACACAACAAACAAAUAACCCAGUUCUCACAAAUGGGAAAUCACCUGACCAUUACCAGCCUCUUAACUUAACGAAAUCAGGUUCAAAUUCGAACAACAAACUUUUAAAAACUCUCAACAAUGGGAAUUCCGUUCUUCUUCCUCUUGCGCCACUAGGUGACCUCGGAGCGCUGUCCCCGACGAACUCAGCCAAUCAUCCAGUUAAGUUUAGGGUUCCAGUUACAGGGAAAUCAGGCGGUCGUUCAAUUGUUUUGCUUUCCACUGCAAAAAUACAUAACGACAAACCGACAUUUAGGCUUGUAUCUCCCCGUGCAUUGCGACCAAACCUUGCCUCUACUCCAAAUAUUACGGAAACUUUUGUGCAGAAACAAAACCAUCCGAAAACAAACCAAACACAAGUAUGGUUGAACAUGGCAGCCACAAAAGAGCCGUCUUGUUUCGUCCCAAUUGGCAACGAAUCAAAACUAACAAACAGUGAAGUUGAUCUACAGAAUAUCAAGUCAUUGGAAAAACUGUCGCAGAAAAUUGUGAUGACUCCGAAACAAACUAAUUACAUUGCUUCCACAUCCCCGGACCAUCUUGCCCCGUCUCCAGAAAUCGAUGCUUCCUUGGAUCAAGAUGACGAGAAACCAUCGUUGCCGAAAAGCGCGAGAAACUACGCAGCUGUGAGCACCUCACAACUUAAUAAACACGACUUCUUGUCCCAGUUGCACCUCGUGCCCAAGGAGCGCGCAGAGCGGCUCCGAAACCGCCGAUAUGGCCGUCGAAAAGUAGCAGCGAAUCCUGUAUACAGUGGAGGUAUCUAUGUCUCCACUUCUGCUGCUGAAUCUGCCAAAAGGUUGCUUCCACCUGAGUUGCUGGGAUUGGAGGAUACAGUGCCCGCUAAACGAUCAAGAGGUCGUCCACGUAAUUCCACCAAGCGUUCUGACAUCACAGAAGAAGUGUCACACAUUAUUGAACAAGCAAAACCUUUGAAAAUGAAAACACCGUUGCAGGAUUCGAGUGUCAUUAAAACUCGUGUGAAACGAAGAAGUGAUUCGGAUCCCCACAAUAGUGGUCCAUGCGGUGUAUGCCAGAAGUCAAACGGUGGCCUUAUAUCAUGUGAUACAUGCGGAUGUUCAUACCACUUACAUUGCACUAAACCAGUGAUGGACCAAGCGCCAACUAAUAUGUGGUUCUGUGUUAGAUGCAAACACAAGUUUUCCGACCCCUCUACCGCAUCCACGUGGCCAGGACUUCAAUCCAUCGUUCAUUCAUAUUUUACUUUCGAGGCCGAGCGCAACGCAGCGUUGCAACGCGCACGUAAACGACGCGAUGUAUUAAUCGACGCUGAGAAAAAACUAAACGACCAAGUUAAGGCACUUGUGUCAACUAUAAUGAAUAAAGUUACUAAAAAGUACAAAGUCCACGACUCGGUACAAAACGCUACGGAUUCUUAUCAGAGGUUACUACGUGGGGUUGAGACGCUUAAACAUCUCUCUGAAUUCGCUGUGACGAACUGAAGGUGCUUAGGACAUCAAAUUUCUGCGAAAUGGUCAAAAAUCACUGUAAAUCGUGUGUAAUCACUUCCGUAUUGCUGUUCAUGUUGUUCACGCCUUGGUACGUCCGCACAACCCACACGUUUUAAAGCACAAUCAUUACUGUUAUAGUAGGGUGGGGUAAAUCGAGACAUGUUUAUUCUCUUUUUACGUCACAUGGUAGUAAACAAAAAAUUAUUUACAGAAUUACGUUACUGUAGCCCCACGACCCUAAAUGGUCGUUGUUAAAUGUUCAAAACAUGAUCAGGAAACAAGGGAUUUAGGUAUUACCGGUAUUCCAUCUUACCACACAGUACUAUAUACGUUUGUCGCAGCGACCGCUUAAAAAUAAUAAUUCUUUCCAAUAUGAUAAAGUAUUUAUGAUUUUUGUCACGACACAUUUGGCAAAAUAAAAAGUCCCAUAUUUUACAAUUGUACAAAACACAUGUUAAAACGUUCCCAAACUUUCUAUAAAUGGGCAAUUAUUCUAACUUUUCCAUAUAUUGUUGACUAGUUUUUCCGCUUACAAGUGAAGUACAACAGCACAGUAGUGUACUUCCGCAUUUAACUUGGGAAAAUUUGCCAUUUUAAACCCAUAAACUCUUGGUCAAGCUAUUCUGUUUCACACUUUUGCACUUUUAUGUUUUCUGAGCACACGCAUGCGAAAGAAAUAUUACAAUAGUUUAUCUCGUAAAAAUGAAUUCAUUUUAAAAAGUCAAAACAAUUAAGUUUUUUUGUUCUUUAUGAAUAUAAAGUACACCAUAGGCGAAAAAAUUGUGAAUUUUGGGGCUUUUUCUUUAUCCAGACUGUGGAAAUACUUUAUUUUUUUCACGCUCGCAGUAUUUUCGUUGCUUUUCCUUUUUUAUCCGCACACCUUCAAGUUUUCGUUCUUCCAAUAAAAUAAUUUCCAAUU